GGGAAAAACAUUCAUUGCUAUAGACAAGAUCCCCUCCCUCCAACCUUCCGAUUUCUGCUUUUCCCGUGGACCUCCUUGCACUCUGCCUCGAAAUCUACACAGAAGACAAAAUCAGAUGUUGUAAUCUGAAUUCUAUAGUGCCAUUUGAGUACAAAGUGGUGCUUUUCAAUCUUUAAGUUUUUAUUAAUGCAGCUCAAACAUGAUCCUGACGUUCCAGGAGCCAUGCCAAUGUAGCUGUGCGGACCCAUCUUUGCAAGUCUGCUGUCAGGCUUCAGGGCUGGGCCAGGGAACAUGCCAGGUGUUGCUGGAAACCUACGAGUCCUCUCUACAAAGCAGGAAUCUUUCCCAUCAUAAAAUGCAAAAUAGCCAGCCGUUUUCCAUUUCCUCCCGUCCCCAGCUCUCCUCAUCGUCCGGUGGUGUAGGAAGGGGCUGGGAGGAUAUUUACUCUCCGCUCUGGCACUUCUCUUAUUUAACUGAACCCAGUGGCAGCUGCUUCUCUGAGCUCAGCGCCAGCGGGCUCAGGCCCAGCCGCACCUUGCAGACAGGCUGCCGAGCUGACCAAGUGCUUUAACCAAGCCCGAACUGGGCUGGGGAUGCGGGAAGCGGAAGGAGCCCGUCUAGGAAACCAGGGUGUGUGGGGUGGUGAGGCUGGUGUGCGAUCCUUAACUUCAGGUCGGCGUGGAAAGCUCAGCCUCUGGUGUCCCGUGGCGGACGCUCGGCUUCUCUCCACUCCACUCCUCUUGCAGCUGGGAGGAGUUGAGGCUGGGAGUUCGCAAAACUCGUUCACCUGUCAGAACCCGGAUCUGGGUAGGGAGCAGGGCCUGGCGACCAAAGCGCGCUGGUCACAGCAACCUCGGCAAGAGGCCCUUCCGCGCCAAUAACGCUACAGCCCGGGAGGCAGGUGUGGGGGCUGCUCCCGAAGACUCGAGGCCCCCCCGAGCCCGCACCCCAGCUCGCUGCUCGCCCUUUCGCCCGCAGGCGCCAUUGGCUUGGUGUGACACAAGGCCAACUCCGGCAGACGCCAGGGUUGCUGGUUCGGGACGCUCCGCCUCCUUCUGCCACUUAGAGCCAUAAGCGCCAGCAGGAACCUUUCCACUUGGUCUUAUUCUGCGGUUACUGCUGAGGUUUUCGGAACUCUCCAGGCCAGGGCCAGCCAGCCUCUUUACCUCCAACCAAAGUCGUCCCUUGGCCUACCUGGGACACCCCCAGGUCCGGGAAAGCCCGUUCUCCCCCGGGCACCGACGCCCCAACUUUUUACGCGCCGUCUGCGCCCUCUGCUUGGGUGUCCGGCUCCUGUAACAAGGGGACCUUUCGGGGACCGGCAACGCCCCCAACCUCAGCUUGCCCUCUCCUCCCGCGAGCUGUGGGCUGCGUGAGCCCAGGUCCCGGGUGCACUUGAGCGUUCCCAGCGUUCGGGAUUCGCCCCGCCUCGCAGCCCACCCGCUAGGAGGGAUUGAACCCCGGAGACCUGGGCCUCUUUCUCCAAAAUUCAAGUCGGUCCUGGUCUUUUCUCCGGAACCCGAGUGCCGGUCGCGGAUCGGCUUCGCGAGCGGUGGCGCGGAGGAUCCGGGCGCUGCGCACCGCGUCGCCCCGUCGGUUGCUGCGCACACCAUGGCUGGCUGCUGCUGUCUGUCCGCGGAGGAGAAGGAGUCGCAGCGCAUCAGCGCCGAGAUAGAGCGGCAGCUUCGUCGCGACAAGAAGGACGCGCGCCGAGAGCUCAAGCUGCUGCUGCUAGGAACUGGUGAAAGUGGCAAAAGCACCUUUAUCAAGCAAAUGAGAAUUAUCCAUGGGUCUGGUUAUAGCGAUGAAGAUCGAAAGGGAUUCACGAAGCUGGUUUACCAGAACAUCUUCACUGCCAUGCAGGCCAUGAUCAGAGCCAUGGACACGCUGAGGAUACAGUACGUGUGUGAGCAGAAUAAGGAAAAUGCUCAGCUAAUCAGAGAGGUGGAAGUAGACAAGGUCUGUGCGCUCCCUAGGGACCAGGCAGAAGCCAUCAAGCAGCUCUGGCUGGACCCAGGAAUCCAGGAGUGUUACGACAGGAGGAGGGAGUACCAGCUGUCAGACUCUGCCAAAUAUUAUCUAACUGACAUUGACCGUAUCGCCACGCUGUCGUUCGUGCCAACGGAGCAGGACAUACUUCGUGUUCGAGUGCCUACAACCGGCAUCAUCGAGUAUCCGUUUGACUUGGAAAAUAUCAUCUUUCGGAUGGUCGAUGUUGGAGGCCAGCGCUCCGAAAGACGGAAGUGGAUCCACUGCUUUGAGAGCGUCACAUCCAUUAUCUUUUUGGUUGCCCUGAGUGAAUAUGACCAGGUCCUGGCCGAGGGUGACAAUGAGAACCGCAUGGAAGAGAGCAAAGCCUUAUUUAAAACCAUUAUCACCUACCCCUGGUUUCUGAACUCAUCUGUGAUUUUGUUCUUAAACAAGAAGGAUCUUUUGGAAGAAAAAAUCAUGUACUCUCAUCUAAUUAGCUAUUUUCCAGAAUACACAGGACCAAAGCAGGAUGUCAAAGCUGCCAGAGACUUUAUCCUGAAGCUUUAUCAAGAUCAGAAUCCUGACAAAGAGAAAGUUAUCUAUUCCCACUUCACAUGUGCUACAGACACAGAGAACAUCCGCUUUGUGUUCGCUGCUGUGAAAGACACAAUUCUACAACUAAACCUGCGGGAAUUCAACCUAGUUUAAAAACUGCUGCCUCCUCCUCGCCAAAACCAGAAGACAGGACUCGCAAGCAAGCCCCUUGUGUUUAUUUCCGAGUGCUUCUGACAUCACCCGACCCAGCCCACUGGACAGCACCAAGGCCACCGGGACAGAGAUGGGUGAUGGAACCUGGAAGAUAUUUAAGUUUAGCAAAACUUUUUGAAAGUCUUUAUUCCAAAAUUGUUUUUAUAUUUCUUUUGACUUUUGGCUGUAAGACUGUCAUUUUGAAUUUGAUAUUUUAUAAAGCCACUGUGAUUUACUGUUUAUUUUUAAAAUUAAAUUUAAGUGUGUUUUAAAAAAUCAUGUAACGGAGGGGUGGGGGCCUGUUAAUUUAGAGAUUAUGCCUUGAAACAUCUAGGAUUAAUUUGGGUGACUUUUUUUUUUUUUAAAGAAAGUUGAGUUUUAAAGCUUUUUAUUAAAUCUUGUAAUUUUGAGGUAUUUUUAAUUUUUUCUCUCUUCAUGCUGAAGUAUGAUGCCUUUAACACACCACCAAAGAUUUUUUUUAAAGCAGUCGGUUCUAAGUAACGACUAUGUCAGUGCAUCUAAUUUAGUUUUACUACAGUUUGAUCACCAUGAAGCCAAAGUUGACAUAAGGUACAUGGUCUCUAGAUAGCAUAUAUGUUGUACUGGUGGAAAGUGUAUGUGUAUAUACCAAUGUAUAUGACUAUGCCUUGUAAACUGAUGAAAUGGCUAAAAGUACAAAUUGUUUAACAAAUAUAAUGUAACUCCUGCCAAAAUUUUGAUGGUCACCAGUUUUGCCGUUUGAACGAUGUAUGCUGUGCCUCUCUGAGGAGACUAAGAAUAUACCAUUCUGCCAUUA